UAAUAAUAAGUAUUAAAAAGUUUUUCUAUGCGUAACAAGGGCAAAACGUAAAAAAUCAUGAAAAUUACUUAAAAUAUAUAUAUGAAAAGUAUACAUAAACCCUGUCUCUGCAUACAUUUUUGUCAAUUUGUUUCUCUUUCUUGUAUCUUUAUUUGUAUGUCUACUUUUUUGUUUACUUACAGUGAUAAUCUACCAAGAUUAGUUUAUUCAAUUCUAUGAUUCAACUUACCUGUGCUUGUGCGAAAUAAUGUACUCAAAUGUGUCCUACGUGAAUACUUUUUUAAAUGUAUAUGAAGAUGAAACUUAUUCAGUGUGUAUUGAGGUCUUUCAAUGUUAGGUUGUCUCAUCAGUCGAGAACUUCUGUGGCCUGUUUCGGGGUCAGAGUCAGAGCUUUUUCAGCAGAUUCAAUUUGCUAUUGUGUAUUAAUCGUAGUAUAUUUGUGCAAUUUCAUGUUCGGAUGUAUGAUGUGUUGGAAUAUAUGCUUACAUUGUACAUUUCUUGGAAGAGAUAGUUUUAGCCGUCUAAGUGACAUUUGGCCAGAUACUUGGGGAUGUUUGGAAUGUGAUUUUGACUCGGUUAAUGGGAAUGGUAAUAAGCUUGUGCUCAGGCCAAUGAAAAGACUAGAUAGGGCUGAGAGCUACAAUUCUGAUUAUGGCAAUUCUGGUGGCAGAUUUAAUUUGGAUAACAGAUCAGAAAUUUUUGAUGGCUUGGAUGAGAGUUUUAACACCUUGUCAGAUGGAAUGGAUGAUAAGUUAAAAGAAGCUGCCACUUGCUACAGUGCUCCUGAAAUUUUGAAGAUCCAGAAUAUGAGUACAGGUCGGACGUAAACUGGAGUCGAAUUGGGGACACUUAUGAACUCAGAGUAUAAAUGAUAAACAAAGGCAGGUUUCUUUCUUGAUUUCAAAACUUUUUUAUUGCUGCAACGGAAGGCAUGCAUGCAUGAUGCACCUGUAUAUAAGCUUUUUAUCACAUCUCUUAGCUAGAUCACUUAAUCUACUGGUUUCAUUUCCUAUAGUUGGCCUAUAUAACUAGACUACAACCAAAAACCUUAAUCAUGCAGACAAACACAUCUAUAUAUAUAUAUAAAGAGGUUUAAAGAUACUAUUUCUAAUCUUUUCAUAUAAAUUUUACAUGGCAUACAUAACAUAUAUUUAUACAGGAAAUAGACUUUUUUUUCUUCCUAAAAAACACAUGUUUAGCUCAUUGCAUAUGAGUGACCAAAUAAUGAUAGAAAUGAUAAAUAAAAAUGUAUAUUUGUAUAUAGCAGACUAAUACAUAAAAGUGAUAUCUUAUUUGGCAUCCUAUGCUAACCGUAUUUAGGCAUUAAUAAAUUUUGCUUGGAGAGUUUUAUUAUUCUCUUAAAUAGAGUAAAGAUCAUUGCAACCUGUAGCAUAGAUAUAUGAAUUCAUACAUGUUUAUUUUUGGCAAUAUUAAUAACCUUGAAUUGCCAACCUUUGUUUCAUACAUUUAAGGAGCCUGUGUUUUUUGAGAGCUUUAAUCAGCUGAGUUAACGCAUAAGUUUACUAAUUUGAAAGUCAAGUUUAAUUCAAAAAGUAUUUACACCAAAUCACUUGGUUUGUAUGAGUUGUGGUUGAUCGUUAGUUUAGGCAUACCUGAAGGUGAUGUAUUCUACUUGGGAGCAUCGACUACAGAGCUCCGCAGUUUGCUGCCAGCUCUUUCUAAAAUUCUGAUAUCUCUGCACUAAUAUCAGCAAAGUCUGGACUUCUCUAAACUGUCUUAUGUGGCUCCGUUUUUUAAGGGAACAUCAAUUAAGUGGUUUUGUCCCUCAAACUUAGAUUGAUUAAAAAAUUGGUGACAAAUCGACAUAUUCCACUAUUUAUUUCAGCUACUAAAGAUAUUAGUGCAAGAAACAUAAGUAGUUCCAUGUCCAAGAAAGCAGGUGAUAAUCAUGAGAAAAUGGAGCGUCGGAGCUUUAAGGACUUCUUGGAACACUCCAAGCAUUUGCUCACAUCAUCUGACAGUGGCCCGCUAAGAUUUCCCUGUUCGAGUGCUCUUCCACACCGGAAAACUGUCCUCUUUUGCUCUCUUUACCAGGUCUUGAUGAGUUGGACUUGGACUUUCUUUGAAAUAUCAAAGGCUUGGACAGUAAGUUCAUUAGUACUCUCAAGUCUGCUCGGUACAAAUCGGGGAUUUGAACUUUAGUGAGACGUCUAGGGCUCAAGAUCCGUGGAGGCUAUUUAAAUUUGUAAAUUACCAUUUCCAAAUUGUUUAAGAAUGCUAUUGCCAAAUGCCAACGGUUAAUUUUGUUUCUUUUGUUCCUUCGAAGGAAUUUUGAUAUAUGGUGCUUGCAUAUUCCUAUUGAUGAUUGGAAACGGACAUCAUUUCCGGGUCCCUUUCAAGGUGAGAAGUUUGUUCCAAAAUGACACUGUCAAGUGUUAAGGGUGACUCUGAUGCACUAAUUUGGAUAUUUACGUAUUGUAUUAUGUAUAGUGGUAUCCUUUCUUGAUACUUCUGUUAAAACUGUUAGAUUUGGCAGCUACAUCAUUUAGAGAGUAAUCAGUAACUUCUUUAAUACCGCCAAAUAAUACAUCUACUUUGUUAGACGGUA